UCGCAUUUCAGUCAGCGUAGCUAUCUGUACUUGCUCCAACCGUGUCCUAGACAUCUGAACCUUUCCCCCUUUCUCUGCUAGACUGCCAGAGGAGAUACUAAGGGUCUUCCAACUUUCCCUUUGCCAUGCCUCGUCGAUCGUCUCGGGCCGCUCCCGCGUCGGCGCCAGCUCCAGCGCCGGCACCAAAAAGGCGCGCGUCUGGAAGGCUAUCCGCAGACUCCAAAAAUGAUCCCAAAAGGCAAAAGUCCGGGGAUACCACGACCAAGAAGCCCGUGAAGGCUACCGCCAAGACGAGCAAGUAUUUCCAAGAUGAUCCAGAGGAAUCGGAGAACGCCACGCCCACGGCUGGGAGUCUCAAAACAUCGAAAAGCGCAAAGAGCAGAAAAGGAAGCGCCAAAUCUCGGAAAGACGAUUCAGGCGAAGACAGCGGAAGCGACACAGUGUCAAAAGACAAGCAGCUGUGGAGAGAAGGAGUCACGACUGGCCUCGGGCCUGGAAAGGAAGUCUUCAUUAAGAAGCCCAAGGCCAAGGAUCCAGGAAACAUCCCAUAUGAAGAUCAUACUCUGCAUCCCAAUACCUUCGAAUUUCUGGAGACUUUGUCAGAGAACAAUGAGAGGACCUGGCUCAAAGCACACGAUGCGGACUAUCAGGCUGCAAGAAAAGACUGGGAAAGCUUCGUUGUAUCUCUUUCAGAGAAAAUCUCAGACGUCGAUAGCACAAUUCCCGAAUUGCCGGCUAAGGACCUGAUAUUUCGCAUUCACAGGGACGUCAGGUUCACCAAAGAUCCUACACCUUAUAAGCCUUACUUUUCAGCUGCUUGGUCUCGCACAGGUAAAAAGGGCCCUUAUGCCUCUUACUAUGUCCAUUGCCAGCCCGGAUCCUGCAUCAUCGGCGCAGGAAUGUGGCAGCCAGACGCCGACCAAUUGGCGCUUAUUCGAGAAGACAUCGAUCGCAAUUCGCACGGGCUGAAGGCCAUACUGAACGAGAAGAAUAUGCGCCGCGAAAUCUUUAACGGGGUACCUGAUGAUGAAGAGGAAGCCUUGAAGGCGUUUCUCGAUCAGAACAAAGAGACUGCUCUCAAGAUCAAACCUAAGGGAUACGAUGUGGACAACGAAAAUAUCAAAUUGCUUCGUCUACGCAAUUUCACUAUUUGCAAGUCUCUUGCCGACGAUGACUUUAGGAGCCCUGACGCACAGGCUAAAAUUGCGGCGCUCAUUGGUAUCGUUGAACCUUUUGUUACGUAUCUCAACGGCGUCGUCAUGCCGGAUGCUGUGGAUCCGGCGAACAAUUCUGAAAACGAAUCCUCGGACAACUCUACAUCGGAGUAG